GCUGGUCUUGAGUGAAUGUGUGACAUGUGGUGGUCGUUGUCAUGAGGCUGAGCUCUGAGCGGUGAAUCUCUUGAUGAUAAUGUUGCUAUAAAAUCCGGCUUCUCCUUCCUAAAGGCUGGAGUAGCCCGCCAAAACCAACCUCCAAGAGCGUCACAUACUGAUUGCUAGAAUUAACUCUAUUGACUGCAUCUCAGAUGGAGGAACAACUGCAGCACCCAAAAGUCACAGAGCGCGAAGGAAGCCCCUCAUGGAGCCAACUCAGAACGGUCAGGCGAGCCCGCGACUCACCCCAUGACGUCCCUUGCGGCGAAGAAUGCCUAGUAUACCCAAAAGGUAAGACCAACCACACGCCGACCGGAAUCAUGGGUAAGAUCACCAGAUAUCUAGAACUAGACUUCGAGAGCCGACCCUCAAAGGACGACGUCUGGAUGGAGAGGAAGGGGAGGAAGAGGCGUCGUGGCGGGAGACAUCGGCGCUGCCCGCGGCCGAACCAGUUUCAUCCUGGAGAGGGUGAGGGCUUGGAGGAUAUGGAGGAGACUAUGGAGGGAGAGUUGGUUGAGCCUGUUGAGCCUGGUGCGCGUGGGGCAGGUGGUGGUGGUGAGGUUGGGAGAGUGUAUCCUCCUGCUGCUGUGUGCGGUGAGGAGGUGAGACCUGCUGAUCAGGUGGCUGCUGUUUGGGGAGGCUUCGAUAAUCCGGCUGCUGGGCCUGCUAUUGAGGAGGCCACUCCUGUGCUUCUGUGUCCUGGACAGGCGAGGGCGGGGGAAGUGAGGCUACCUGGCGCCGUUGAGGUUCCUCGAGGUGAAGGCGCGGAUCCACCCCGGAGAUGGGGAGCAGGUUCUGGUCGAAUUGCAACUAGUAGACAGUGGCGGUGGUGACAUAUAUAUCAAUUAAAGAGAGUUGAUAUAGUAACAUCAUGGUUUGGGCAUAAAGAGGAACUCGUCUUCUUGGGGACCUUUCAUGAGCCCGUGGUUCUUGGAAUUCCUCAGGUAGGCGAGGAAGAGUAAAAGACACCACGGUGAGAUCAGCGCAUGGUCUAGAUUGAGCAAUAGAAGAAACAACAGCAAGUCUUGAGUGCCCUGGGGCUGUGACUGGAAGGAUAGUGAAAUAUUCUGGCGGACUUUUGGCCAGGAGGAUAAGAUGAGCAGAUUGACAUAUGAUCUGAGGAGCG